AUAACGUAGAAUUUAAGUGUCUACUUUUAGACAAGUAUGACAUUUUUUUGACACCUUAUGUAUAGAACUAAAUAAGCCGGUGAUUCAGGAAGCGAACAGCAUGCAUAGCAGUCGUUCCCAAUAGUCAAAGCUGCUCUCGACUAGAGUCUUUGAGAGAGGCGCCUUCCUUCCCGCCCUCAUCGUCAUAGUUGGAACUUGGAUCACCAAACCUCCAUGGCAAUGGCGGCGCUUCCGGUCCACCCAUUCCUCCUCCUCCCCCUCGUGGCCGUCAUCUCCUUCCUGUGGCUCCGCCUUGCAGCUUUGUCCCGUCGAGGCAGCGGCCCGCGGCUUCCCCCAUCGCCGUGGGCGCUCCCGUUGAUCGGCCACCUGCAUCACUUCGCGGGCGCGCUUCCGCACCGCGCCAUGCGUGACCUCGCGGCGCGCCACGGGCCGGUGAUGCUGCUCCGCCUUGGCGGGCUCCCCGUCGUGGUCGCCUCCUCCGCGGACGCCGCCCGCGAGGUGAUGAAGACGAGGGACCUCGAGUUUGCGACGCGCCCCGUGACGCGGAUGGUCCGGCUGGCCGUCCCCGAGGGCGCGGAGGGGAUCAUCUUCGCGCCCUACGAUGACAGGUGGAGGCAGAUCCGCAAGAUCUGCACCGUCGAGCUGCUCAGCGCCCGGCGCGUCCAGUCCUUCCGCCCCGUCCGCGAGGAGGAGGUCUGGCGGCUCGUCCGCUCCGUGGCGGCGGCGGCGCCGAGCGCGCGGGCGGUGAACCUGAGCGAGCUGCUGGCCGUGUACGCCGCCGACUCCUCGGUGCGCGCCACGAUCGGGAGCCGGUUCAAGGACCGGGACACGUUCCUGUCCAUGCUGCAGCGCGGGCUCGAGCUGUUCGCUAACAUGAGCUUGCCGGACUUCUACCCAGCGUCGCGCCUCGCCCUGCUCGUCAGCCGGAUGCCGGGCCGGAUGAAGCGGCACCGGCAGGAAGUGGUCGCGUUCAUGGACGCCAUGGUCCAGGAGCACGCGGAGAGCAGAGUACCUGACGGCGACGACGACAAGGAAGACUUCCUCGACGUGCUGCUGAGGAUUCAGAGGGAGGGAGACCUGCAGAUUCCGCUCACCACCGACAACAUCAAGUCAGUGGUCGGGGACAUGUUCGCCGGAGGCAGCGAGACGCCUGCGACGGCACUGCAGUGGAUCAUGGCCGAGCUCAUGAGGAACCCGAGAGUGAUGAAGAAGGCGCAAGAUGAGGUCCGGCAAGCGGUCGCCGCCGCCGGCCGGCAGAGAGUGACAGAGGACGACCUCAGCAACCUGCGCUACAUGCACCUGGUCAUCAAGGAGGGCCUUCGGCUCCACCCACCCUUGCCGCUCCUGCUCCCACGGGAGUGCCGGAGCUCGUGCCAGGUCCAGGGGUUCGACGUGCCGGCGGGCACGAUGGUGUUCGUGAACGCGUGGGCGAUCGCUAGGGACCCCAGCCACUGGGACAGGCCUGAGGAGUUCGUGCCUGAGAGAUUUGAAAGCAGCAGCGUCGACUUCAAGGGGACGGACUUCGACUACCUACCGUUCGGGGCAGGACGAAGGAUGUGCCCGGGCAUGGCGUUUGGGCUCGUGAGCAUGGAGCUUGCGCUCGCUAGCCUCCUCUACCAUUUUGACUGGGAGCUGCCGCCUGGGAUGACGGCCGCGGAUGUAGACAUGACCGAGAAGAUGGGGGUCACGGCUCGACGGCUCCACCACCUCCUGCUUGUCCCCUCCGCCCGAGUGCCCGUGACCUAGCUAGGUCUGGUCCACGAGCAGAACCUGGAAACUUCGCAUACUUGGAUAACGCUGAAUAUCAAUACUUGCUUAAUAAAUUCAGCUAUUUUGGAUAA